AUGGAGGAGAAGGCUAGAGAAAUUGCAACUAGACUCCACACCGAAGAUUUCUCGGCGAGCAAUGGCUGGUUGGAUCGUUUCCGUAAACGAAAUAACAUAAGUCUGCACGUCCUUUCUGGCGAAUCAGCUUCUGCUGAUCUUCAAGCUGCUGAAGAUUGGAAACGCAAACUUCCAAGCCUUUUGUUGGGAUACGCAGAAGAGGACAUUUUCAACGCGGAUGAAAGUGGACUAUUCUACCGUCAACAUCCAACGCGAUCCUUAAUAGAAAGGAGAGAGACAUGUAAAGGAGGGAAGAAAUCUAAGGAACGGAUUACUGUUUUGCUAUGUUGCAAUUCGCGAGGAGAGAAAUUAAAGCCAGUAGUUAUUGUAAAUGCUGCACGUCCUAGAGCUUUCAAAACGAACAAUGUGAAAUUGGACGACCUUCCCGUAAUUUGGUGUCACAACAAGAAGGCUUGGAUGACAUCUAAAAUUUAUCCUGAGUGGUUGAACGAGGUCAACCUUAAAAUGAAGCGGGCUAAUCGGAAGAUAUUAUUGUUAGUCGACAACGCUACAAGCCACGUCAGUUCAAAUCUCUCAAACGUCAGUAUACAAUUUCUGCCGCCAAAUCUGACCAGCGAAGUGCAGCCACUAGAUAAGGGCAUUAUUCAAUCUGUGAAACUGCUCUACAGGAAGCAACUAAUGCAUUCACUAAUCAAUGCUGCAGAUAAGUGCAAAGACGUGACCGAAUUUUCAAGAAGCGUUACAGUCUUAGAUGCCAUUCGGUGGAUUCUUGGUGCCUGGGCAGAAGUUUCUCAUCAAACCAUUGCAAAGUGUUUCCGACAUGCAGGAUUUAUGGCAGAUUCCAUUGAGGAUGAAGAGGAAGGGAUGGAAGAAGACAGUUUUCAUGAAGAAAUAAACUGUCUUCCUGAGGAGAUCGCAACCAAAUUCCUGAUGUCCAAGCUCUUUCAACGUUCGACAACAUUCUAG